UUAAAACUCAGCCCCCCCCACAACUCUCAUAAUGCUUGCCAUCAUCGUGCAGCUUUUCACCGAACCGAAAGCCGUGCAUUCAAGAAUAGUUUAGGCGUUACAUCCCUGGGGUUUCUAUCGCCUGAUUCAAGGAAUUCAACAAUAUAUAACCCCAGGCCUCUUAGUCUUUCUGUUCUGGUUGGUAUGUUCUAUGUUUUGCUUAUCAUAGCCGCCUCUACAGUAAUUGCCAUCACUCUGCCAACGGCUAUGGUAUUACAUGACUGUUCAUGCUCCUCACCACCUCAAUGCGCAAGUUUACGUUAUAUUGACAUGAGGAUGUGCCAUGAUGAAUGCGAUUUCGCUCUACCUUGCACCAGAAAAUGUUUGAAGUCAAAGUGUUUGCCAGGCACAUACUAGCAGUACUAUUUUUCUAACCACUUAUCCCAUUCAGUUUCCCUUUCGUAUGUAUAAAUAUAGUUGCCUGUACACAAGCCGUUUUGACUUGCACCUAGCCAAAGAAUUUCCCAUUGGACACAGAUGUUGUAAAAUACAUUUUUGCAUUUUCAUGACAGAAAACAAGCCGUGCUCAUUUUGUUUGCGCCGUUAAGGGCCACAUUAAGAUAUCAUUCGUAUACAGCAUUUAGGGAUAAAAGGGAAGAACAAGGAAAGAAAACGGGAGAAAGAGAAAAAAAAAAAAAAAAAGGUAUUCUAUGGUACGUUAUGUGAGGAAAGGUUUUCAUCAAUAUUUUUGUUACGACCAGAUCCAUCCGACCAGUCUUCACAAUCAGAUAGUAAAGC